AUGAACGUGGUUCUCUUCAGGGACAGCCAGGCGAGGGUGAUGGAGAACACCGUGACCAACGCAGAGAAGUACUUUGGCCAGUUCUGCUCGCUGCUGGCUGCCUACACCCGAAAGACAGCCCGGCUUCGGGACAAGGCCGACCAGCUGGUCAAGCAGCUCAUCGACUUCGCCAACACCGAGAGCCCCGGGAUGCGGGCCGCCAUGAGGAACUUCGCCGAGGACCUGGCCAAAGUGCAGGAUUACCGGCAGGCCCAGGUCGAGAGGCUGGAGAUGAAGGUGGUCAACCCCCUGAAGCUCUACGGGCCUCAGAUAAAGCGGACGCGGGCCGAGAUCAAGAAAUGCAAACGUGCCCGGAAUAACGAGAUCAAACAACUGGAAAAGCUGGAGAAGUUGAGGCAGACGUCGCCUUCAGAUAGGCAAAUAAUCUCCCAGGCGGAGACCAGCGUGCAGAAGGCCUCGGUGGACGCCAGCCGUACCACCCACCAGCUGGAGGAGAUGUUCGGCGCCUUCCAGAAGCAGAAGCUGAAGGACUUGCAGAACAUCUUCUUGGACUUCGUGGGCAUCGAGAUGGCCUUCCACGCCAAAGCGGUGGAGGUGUAUUCCAGCGCCUUCCAGAGCCUGGACAGCUACGACCUGCAGGAGGAUCUGGAGGAUUUUAGAUCCAAGAUGUGCAGAGUUUAUGGACAUUACAACGCUCGGCCACUCACGAACACUCCCUCCGCAGCUGGCCCGUGGCCUCUCCCCUGCCAGAGCUCUCAGAGCACCAUACGGAGCCAGAGAAAAGAAGAGGAGGUGAGUGAGGACGACUCUGCUGAGGAAGACCCAGAGGAGGACCUCAGGGGAUGGGGCGGGGACUCCAUCAAUAGGACAAGAACUCCCCAGUCGGAAAACUAG